UUGAUGUUCGAGAACCAUGAACACUGAAAAUAGCUCGAGCUCUAAGGAUGAUCAUCAGGAGAUGCAGCUUCCAGGGUUUCGGUUUCAUCCAACAGAUGAAGAACUUUUAGGGUUUUAUCUUCGAAGAAAAGUUGAUAAGAAACCAAUCGUUAUCGAACUCAUCAAACAGAUUGAUGUCUACAAACAUGAUCCUUGGGAUCUUCCAAAAAUUAGCAGUACGCCUGACAAGGAAGGAUACUUCUUUUGCAAAAGAGGGAGAAAAUAUAGAAACAGCGUAAGGCCAAAUAGAGUGACGGGGUCUGGGUUUUGGAAAGCAACUGGCAUCGACAAGUCAGUGUAUUCUGAAGGAGGAGAAGGUCGUGACUGCAUUGGCCUCAAGAAAACACUUGUUUACUACCGUGGAAGUGCAGGAAAAGGCACCAAAACUGAUUGGAUGAUGCAUGAAUUUCGCUUUCCCCCCAAUGAUAAUAGCACCGCCUCCAAUUCCAAAACCACUCUUCAAGAAGCGGAAGUAUGGACUAUAUGUCGAAUCUUUAAGCGAAACGUGUCAUACAGAAAGCUGACACCAGAUUGGAAAGAAUCAUCUUCUUCAGCGAAACGUCAUUCAGCAUUAAUGGAAUCAACCUCUAAACCAUAUGCUCUGGACUCUAACAAUCAGCAGGAAAGCUACAUCAGUUUCGAAGCUCCAAUUGUUCAUCAAACUAAUAAGCCGAUGAAACCACUCAUGAUCGACGAUCAUCUCAAUGAGAUCAGGAACCAGCAGUUAGCUUCAGAACAUUUGAGCAGCACUAACAAUUAUACCAUAGCCAAUUCUCCAAUAUCAAUGGCAUGGUCUUCAAGCUUUCAGAAUCCAUAUGGGAAUCAUCAUGAUUUCUUGACGUAUGAGAACUGGGAUGAGCUCCGACAAGUCGUAGAAUUUGCCUCCGAUCCUAAUCCUCAUCCGCGACUGACUAGGUAA